AUGACCACAAUUCAGAAUUCUACAAUGAAUGCAGCAACAUUUGACGCCAGCUUCAAACCGGCUUCAGUAGUCAGUGUUCAAAUUCCUGCAGUCUGUAAAGUUCCUGUUCCAACAGGACCUAGGCAUAAACUGAUCACUGAGGCAGAUGUGCAGGUAUGCCGCCUCAACCACACACGAACAAUAGUUAGCAAGAUAAUGAACUCACGCUACCUGAGGCGUUGGGAAAGUCACAGAAUCAUCCUAGAUCAUAAUGAAAUCCGGUCUUCAACUCCUGUGGGUUUCAUGGAGCUGGCAGUUCCUUACUCCAGUAUAGAAGAUGUACACAUUGUCUCCAGGUGGGAUGCAGGCCAGAAGUUUUGUCUCCGCAUCACAGUACCAGAUGGAUCAUUGCUGUUACAGGCAAACAAUGCUUACAUCCGUGACCAGUGGCUUUACUCUGUUCAGUGGAAGAGACACAUUUUUAGAUCUGAGAGGUUACUCAAGAACGCCAGGCGACCAGAAAUUUUGGUGAAAGAAAUUAAGAAUUUGAUUGAUGGCUCCCUGAUGACCCCAAUCCAGGACCCUUCCGUGUACAGGUUUCCCCUUGACCUAGUUUCAGAUUUGCUUCAACAGAACGAUGAAUUUUUGAGCAAGGAGUUGCAGGAGAGCAUUAUCAUAGCCCUGACUCCGUUACUAGAGAAAAACCACCCCACGCAGGAGAUCUGCGAAUUUUUCAGCAAGCACUGCAAGAACAGUCCACGCUCCACACUAGUCAUAGAACUGUUUACUCCUGUAGUCCACAGGAUACUCAAACAUAACACAGACUUUGGCAAGUAUCCCCGCAUGAGAACUUUUGUACAAGAAUACAUUCAAGCCUUGAACUGUCAGAAUGAUGGUUUGAAAGUAGUGCGGGCUUUGGUGAAGAGCAUGCAUGGCACUACCAGCACAUGUCCACAUCCUCGAGUGCUACCGAACUUGGUGGCUGUGUGCCUUGCUGCCAUCUACAACUGCUACGAGGAGAGAAAGCUUAUCAUGCACAAUAAUCUGACCAGAGAACAGUUUGACCACACGGAAUGGGAGAACAAGUUGCUGUGUUAUGUUUCUAUGAUGGAAGUCAUGUCAGAGUUUGAUGACUGGCGCUAUGUUCUAGGCAGUCUGCUGCAGCCAAUUCCAUUUCCUGAUGACGCCAUCACUGACUCACUGUUCACAUCCCGCAUGAAAGUCACCAUCCACAACGUCUCCAGUGACGAGAGCUGCGGGGUACAUCAGACACUGCUAGGCAUACGGGAGGGCAAGGAAGGCUGGUUCCAUCUGUACUGUCCAGGGGGGAUAGCCUGCGAUGACGAUGGUCAGCUCUGGGGGGUCAUGUUAAACACACUGAUGAAAUGCUGCUGCCGACGGAAGAAGUUUCUAAUGAGCAUCUCCAAGAUGCUGGGACCCAUCAUGCUUCUGGCUCUCAGAGACAACAUGGCUGCCAUGGAGGUGCUAUGUGCGAUGUUGGAGCUGGAAGCCGUGGAGGGACAUGACAUGAAGAUGCAGAUGAUCACAACCUUACAGUCGACCUGUGAGGGCAAGCGCAUGUACGCCCAACUGUGUGAGCGCCAGAUUGCCAUUAAGGAAAUUCAACAGAAAGGUGGCCCUAAGAAGCUGACCUUACCCAGCAAAUCCACGGAUGUUGAUCUUACCAGAAUGUUGAGUUCAGGGUCAUUUGGCAACCUUGAGUGUCUGAGCCUGGCAUUCACACAGGUGACCAGUGCUUGUGCCGCUGACCUGAUCAAAUUACCUUCACUUCGUUACCUGAAUCUUUGGUCCACACAGUUUGGAGACCAAGGUCUACAGAUUAUCUCUGAACAUCUGCAAAAGCUGCAAGUGUUGAACCUCUGUGAGACUCCAGUCACAGACAAAGGGCUGUCCUGCCUUGCUGCCAUGAAAAGCCUGCGAAAGCUAAACCUCAAUAGUACCAACCUGUCUGCGCUGACAUUUGAAGGGUUAAAGUAUCUCAAGUCUGUUAGUAUCAAUUACACUAGCCAGCAGUAA